AUGUCAUCUCAAAUAGUUCCUUAGCCUCUACACUUUGCUUACUGCUUGUUUAAACAAUGGCACUUCCUCAGUCAAUCUCAGUGCUUUUUCUUGUUCUUGUUCUAGCCAGGAUUGAGAUUUCUACAUGCCAAGUCUUCAAGGCCAAGGUCUCUUGCCUAGAUUGCACUCCCAAUCCCAAAACUGAUCUCUCAGGUAUUAAAGUUCUAGUGAAGUGUGACAAGGUGAAAAAGAUGGCUAUGGCUACUACAGAAAAUGAUGGGUCUUUUGAGGCAGAGGUUCCCACAGACAACAAAACACCCCAAAGACCUUUGAAUUGCCUAGCCAAGCUUCUUGGUGGCCCAAACCAGCUCUAUGCUUCAUCCAAAACCAUGGUAUCUCAGAUUGUCCAGACCCAUUCCAACUCUUUCACCAUUUCAACUCCACUUUCAUUUUAUAACUCUUGCCCUUCAACCAUAGCUCAUGCUAAAUGUGAAGCCAAUAAGAAGUGGGAUUCUUCCAAGACUAUUGAUCUGCCAUUGCCACCACAGUGGGGCUUGGCUCCAUCUAGCUACUAUAUCCCUUUCUUCCCUAUUAUAGGAAUCCCAUGAUUGUAUACAUCCAUAUAAAUAUAUAGCAUGUAGUAUCUAAAGUCUCUCAACUAAUAUGUGAGUAGUGUGUGAAGAAUAUAUAUAUUUAUAUAUGCCGGUAAAACUGCUUUCUUUUCUUCUCUCUUUCUCCUUUUUUGUUUUAUAUAUAGUUUUUUGUUCUUUGUUGUUUUCGUCAUGUUUAUUAAAAUAGCAGCUUGAGUGUGAAAGGAGUGGAUGUAUGAAAGGGUAUGAUGAUCUUUAGUCUAAAGUGUCCUUAUAGUAGAGAGAUUAUGUUGUUAUGUCAUAUGAAGAAUGAAAUGAUGUGUAGUGUUUGAUUUUGUAUA